AUGGCUGCGUUCAUACCCAGUCCUUAUUCCUGGGACGUCAUCAUAUACAACAUAGUGGCCCCUGUCAUCCAGUGUGCCAUAGGUAUUACAGGGCUGAUAGGAAAUGGACUGAUCAUAUACGUCAUUAUCAAGUACUCAACCAUGAAAACUGUACCAAAUAUGUACGUUUUGAACCUGGCUGUGUCGGACUUUCUCUACUGUUUGACUUUCCCGAUUUGGGCAGCAGACUACAUCCUAAGAGUGUGGAUAUUCGGACGGGCCAUGUGUAAGAUAGUCAGGUCUAUCUUCAACGUCAACACCUUUGCUAGUAUCUACUUCCUGACCGUGAUGAGCAUAGAGCGGUACUACGCCAUCUUACACACCGUCCGGAACAUGCAGAACCGUUCGCUGAAGAAGGCGAAGAUCAUCGGUGGAUGUGUCUGGACGGUGGCGCUGGUGUGCUCUCUACCGUACAUCGUGUUUGCGGAGACGGACUAUCUCGGAGGGGUGCCCGUCUGUAUGUUCAAGUGGCCCGCUAACGUCCAGAACGAGGACUGGUGGCGAGGCGCUAACGCCGUCUACCUUACAGCAUUGGCGUUCUUCAUCCCUCUCUGCAUCAUGGUCCCCAACUACGUCCUGAUCUACCGUAGGCUGCAGAACACCGACGUCGUCCCACCGGAGAGCCGGCGGGCGCUGCGCUCUCGCCACCGCGUCACUCGCAUGGUCAUCGUGGUGGUGGUCAUCUUCGUCAUCUGCUGGCUGCCGCUGCACGUGGGCAACAUCAUCAGGUUCGUCUUCGGCUUCAAGGUCAACGCCACCGUCUGGUACUUCCUCAACGUCAUCGCGGACGUCAACAGCUGCGUCAACCCGUUCCUGUACGCCCUGCUCGGACAGAACUUCCGGGCCACCCUGAAGCGCACGCUGUGCGGGUCCAGCUGCUGCCCCGACAGCUUUCGGCAGUAAGUGUCCAGUUGUGACC